GGCUACGAAAACCUAAGAAAAACACAGAACAAAAGUUUUGGCUCCGUGCACAUCAACGUGUUCAUUUCUGCACCAAAACUCUCAGGUCCCAUCACUCUUUUCAAAACCAAUGUUUUCACUUUUUAGUACAACAAAAUUUCAAAAACUCAAAACAAACCCCAAACACUGCAAAAAACACACAUCACUCACAUGAAGGAAACAACAACAGGAGCACCUUCUUCUUCAUCUUCUUCAUGGAAUAGGCUCCCUCCCAUGCCUCCACAAAGAUUUGAAGAUAGUGAUGAAGACUUAUUCGAAGUUCCAGAUGUAGAAGCUACACAAUGUCAAAGUGUUCAUUCUGAAGCAACAAAUCAAAACAAUCAAAACAAUGCAACAGAUCCUCAACUUCAAGCCGGAAAGCGUCGUCGUGGAAGAAACCCGGUCGAUAAAGAGUACAGACGACUCAAAAGGUUGCUAAGGAAUAGGGUCUCUGCCCAACAAGCUAGAGAAAGAAAGAAAGUGUAUGUGAAUGAGUUAGAAUCAAGAGCUAAAGAAAUGGAAGAUAAGAACUCCAAUUUAGAAGAACGUAUUUCAACAUUGAUGAAUGAGAACACCAUGCUCAGAAAGGUUCUUAUGAACACUAGACCCAAAGUUGAUGAGAGCAAUGAAGGUUAGAUACAAAUUGAAGGUUCUUUUAAAUUAGGACUUUGUUUGUGAGGCUGUAUUAUGUGUCUCACAUGGUGUACUACUAUUAAAUAUAUUGUAAUUUGUAACAUCUCUAAAAUGAUAUUUUAAAUUUUUACUUUUAAAUUGUAAUUCUUUAUAUUUAAAAAUGUGCAAUUGUUUAAUAGUAUUAUGUUGAAGUAAGAAUGUGGAAAAUGAUAAUUAUGAUAAAUUUAAAUGAA